AUGACCCACGCACCAUUCGCUCUAUUCAACUCUAACAAUCAAAACAACAACGCCAUGCCCUCGAGCUCGAGCUUCAAGGUGAAGAGGAAGAGGAUGUCCUGGGGUAUGGACGAGGAAGAGGCUUCCAAGCACAUGAGAGUCCGCUCACCCACCAUGCAAAACUCGUACCAACUCCCCGAGCUGAUGACAGACCAUUCCAACUCUGCAUCCGACGACGAUCAAAUGAUGGAUACAGAUAUGGACAUGGACAACGAUAAUGAUUGUCAUAUGGCUAUGGGACAUUCAGGUAUAAAUGCCCAUUCUCACCAAGAGCAAUCUCAUGCCAACAGCACAGAUCACUAUGUCUAUUCAUCUGGUGGAAGUGGUGGGUUCCUAUUUGGACCUGGAGCUGAAGAAGAUGAGUUGGAGUAUGAGAUGGAAAUGAUGGAUGAUAUGGGGGCAAGUCAGAUGAAAGCCUAUCCAUCGCUUACUCCUCAUCCAAACCCACAUCAUUUCUCCAACGCCUCACUUUCCUCUCACCAUCAACACUUGCCUUCUAACACAAAUUUCAGACCUACCUCACCUUUAGCUGCUCAAGCUUUCUCCCAAUCAUUACCGGCACCAAGGAACGGCUUACUUCAACCUUCCUAUAACGGUCCUCUACCCACCAAUGCAAGUGAGAUUGAGAAAGCACGAAAUAUCCAUGGACCUCACUGCAAGUCUAUCCCUAAAUUGGUGAUGUCCGAAUACCCCGAUGCGGCAACUGGUCGAAGGAGUAUGUGGAGCGUCUGUGGUGAUUGUGGAGCUUGCGAGAUGGCUCAAUGA